AUGGCGCGCAGGGCGUCGCGGACGGCCGCGGCGUCGCUCUGGAAGGGGAACAUCUCCUCGAGGGCGACGUUGACGGUUGUGCCGGGGACGGGGGCGGAGGUGGCGGUCGCGAAGGAGGUGAUGAUGCGUGUGUUGUAUUCGGUGGCGAUGUCGAGGUUGUUGAUGAGGACGAGGAAGGAGAUUACUUUUGCGUCCGGGGGUGGGGAGGAGGCGGUGGCGCCCUUGGGGUAG